UUCAUAAUAGAGGUUGGGUGUGCGUCUGCUCCGCCAGGCCAGUCUCCUGUACAGGGAUCGUGUUUAUCUUAACCUUGACUCGCGAUGUCGUGCAUAUAUAGAAAAUACGCAAUCAUUGUCAUCGCAUUAUUUUUAGCCCAGGGGCCGGCCUUGGGGCAGCAGUUCGACGGACGGAGCUCCGUGGGGCAGCCGUGCUUGAGAGGUGACGGCUUCGGGGGAGUCUGCACCCCCCUCCCCCUCUGCCUUAAAAAGGGGGGCACGGUGGAGGGGGCGGGGAGCGUGCGGUUGUGCCCCUACAGCGCCGUGGGGGGCGCCGUGGUGUGCUGCAGGAGCUCCGCCCCCACCGUCGCCGCCAGGAAAUGUCAGGAAUGGGAAUCUGGUGGGAGUUCCGGGAUUUUAGCCUCUGAUGUGACGGUCCCCCACAUCGUGGGGGGAGAGGAGGCCGUGCCGGGGCAGUUUCCCCACAUAGUGUCCCUCCUGCAGCAGCAGCGGGACGGGCGCGUGAGGCACGUGUGCGGUGGGGCCCUCGUGGACCCACUCUACGUGGUGACCGCGGCCCACUGCGUCGCGGGGUACGAGAACAACUUCGAGGUACGCGUUGGUGCGCACGACCUCAGUGACCCCAACGAGCCAGGCAGCAGCAGGCUGUCGGUGCUGCAGGUCAUAGUGCACCAGGGCUACCAGCCUCCUGGUCGCUACCAUGACAUCGCCAUACUCAGGCUCAGUGAUAAGGUCCCCAUCACUCGCACCCAGCGCCCCGUAUGCCUCCCCUACAGGGCGGCACCCCUCCGCCCUGGGGACGCGCUCACCGUCGCCGGGUGGGGACACCAAGAUGGCGGCUCGGUCUCGUCGCGUCUGCGCGUCGCGACGCUGGGCUACGUGGACCAGGCGACGUGCAACGCGCGCUGGGACGGCCGCGCGGGGGCCGUUUACCCCAGCGGCGCGACCAACACCCUUCUCUGCGCCGCCGCCCCCGGCCGUGACGCCUGCAAGGGUGACUCAGGAGGCCCCCUAAUGCGCAAGGAGGAGGGGCGGGAGGUGGUCACCCUACUGGGGGUGGUGUCGCAAGGGCUGGGGUGUGCAGGGGAGGUACCGGGGACAUAUACCAGAGUACAAGCCUACCUAGACUGGAUCGUGGAUACCAUCUGGCCUGCAGAACCAUAGUCUUGAUCAUCGUGGAUAUACCAUCUGACCUGUUGAACCAUAGUCUUGAUCAUCGUGGAUACCAUCUGACCUGUAGAACCUUAGUGUUGACCAUCGUGGAUACCAUCUGGCCUGUAGAACCGUAGUCUUGACUAUGUGGAUACCAUCUGGCCUGUAGAACCGUAGUCUUGAUCAUCGUGGAUGCCAACUGGCCUGUAGAACCUCGAAUCAUUACUAUAUGGCCUUGGUUCAAACUAUCUGUCCUAAAGAAAAAUAAAACAUUUUUAAAUAUCAGGAACAUGACCCGCGUAAUGGAUCAUUUUUAAUCAUUGUGCCUACCAAAAUGAGCAACCAAGUUUUACAGCAACCAAGAACAACAACCAAGUUUUACAACUCGAUCCCAACCUUCACCAUAAUUCUAACUACAAAAAUUUAGACAAUGUCGUUAAGAAAAAUCAUGAUCUAAUUUUUUUUCUCGACAUUUGGCUUAUGCCAAUUUGACCAACUUUUUCAAGCAACUUUUCAGCACAAGCAGAAAUAAGAAACGAGAUCCGAACUGAGAUAGAUGGAAGAUAUCCCAACCUGCUGCUCUGUUUCGUGAGAGAACGACUAAUUUGUUUUAUGUCAGUUAUUAAAAACCUGUUAAUUCAAAUGUAUUAAAAAGUUUGAAAGAAACUGCAAUUCAAAACUUAACGAAUAAGUUUCACGUAUAUCACAACACGUUCGAAUAGUUUAUUGUACUUCAAUUGUAUGAUUUAUAUUUCAAUUAUAAAUUUGUUUUAAUAUAAAUAUCAAUGUUAUGGAUCUAAGUAUACACUCAGUUAUGCAUCAGUGAAUCGCACUUGACAUUUCAAAUGGUAAUUAUAUUUCCCUAUAAAUUUUACAGACGAGUUCUUUAUCGCAUUGAAAUCCACAAAUCUCAUCAA